CCUAGAAGCAGGAGCUGAAGCAGAAGCGGUGGAGAAGUGCUGCUUCCUGGCUCGCUCCCAUGGCUUGCUCAGCUGCUUUUUUUGUAGCAACCAAGUUCAUCAGCUCAGGGCUGGCACUGCCCACCGUGAGCUCUUCCGCAUUAAUCAUCAAUCAGGGGAAAGCAACACAGGUGCUUGCCCAUAGGCCAGUCUGGUGGGGGCAUUUUCUCAAUUGAGGAUCCAUCUUCCAACAUGACUUUAGCUUGUUGACGUAAAAAAUAGCCAGCACAGCAUAAGAAGAAGAACUCUAGCCAGGGAUGAUAGUCCACACCUUUAAUACUAGGUAGAGACAUGAGGAGCUCCGUGAGUUCAAGGCUAGCCUGGUCAGCAUAUUGAACACCAGGCUAUCCAAGGUUGCGUAGUGGAAAACGGGUCUCAUAAAACUGAGGGGAAGGUCAUUCAGGGAGAGAGAUAGAUGUAGUUGAAUAUAGGCAUCCAUUGCUUUCUGAGUUUUGACUAUGGCUGCAAUGUGUUUUUCUCCUGCAGCCACGACCCUCCAUGAUGAACUGUACUCAGAGCUGAGAUAAACCCUUCCUUCAAUUUGCCUUUGCAGGUACUUUGUAGCAACAAGACCAGUAGCUAAGGUGACAACAGCAUGGCUGUGUCCCAGACUUUCCCACUGGGGCCUACCCAUGAGCCUGCAAGUGCCCUGAUGGAGCCUCUGCCUUGCACUCGAAGCUUGGCUGAGGACUUCCUGGAGGAAGAGCUUCGGCUCAAUGCUGAGCUGAGCCAGCUGCAGUUUCCGGAGCCCGUGGGUGUCAUCUACAACCCGGUGGAUUAUGCUUGGGAGCCACACCGUAACUACGUGACUCGCUACUGCCAAGGCCCCAAGGAAGUGCUGUUCCUGGGCAUGAACCCAGGACCUUUUGGCAUGGCCCAAACUGGGGUACCUUUUGGGGAAGUGAAUGUGGUCCGGGACUGGUUGGGCAUUGGGGGCCCUGUGCAAACCCCUCCCCAAGAGCACCCCAAACGACCUGUGUUGGGACUGGAGUGCCCACAGUCAGAGGUGAGCGGAGCCCGAUUCUGGGGCUUUUUCCGGACCCUCUGCGGACAGCCUCAAGUUUUCUUCCGGCACUGCUUUGUUCACAAUCUAUGUCCUCUACUCUUCUUGGCUCCGAGUGGACGAAACCUUACCCCAGCUGAGCUGCCCGCCAAGCAGCGGGAGCAGCUGCUGUUGAUCUGUGACACAGCCCUCUGCAGGCAGGUGCAGCUUCUAGGGGUGCGGCUGGUAGUGGGAGUGGGGCGGCUGGCAGAGCAGCGAGCUCGAAGAGCUCUAGCAGGGCUGACCCCGGAGGUGCAGGUGGAGGGGCUCCUGCAUCCAUCUCCUCGAAGCGCACAGGCCAACAAAGGCUGGGAGGUGGCAGCCAGGGAAAGACUACAAGAGUUGGGGCUGCUACCUCUGCUAACAGAUGACGGUUCAGCCAGGCCUACACUGUAGAGACCCCAGCCAGUGUUGCUGGGCUCAGUGUUGCAUUCAGUUUGCCGGACUGUCCUCUAAUGGCCCAGGGUGGUCAGCUCUCCUGCUGUCUUUCUCUUCCCUUGAGCCUCUCACCCUUUUGUCUCCAGUGUCUGGUCGCCCACAGCACCAGCAGAGAGUUGGGCCUGUACAUCCUUGCCUUGGGAGCCCUGGUGUGCAGAGGGUCCUAGGUAGGGAUGUCUGAAGUCAUAUUUGCAGUUUUGGAGGACAGAUGGUUUUCGUUUUAAUCUUUCCCGUUUUGCUUUUUAUUGGCAUCAUGUUUGGCAUUGCCUCAUGUACACUAGGAACAUUCUCUGAUGCUGAACUACCUCAGCCUUUUUUGACACUAACUGUACAUAUUAGUGGGGUACAGUGCACAUUGAUGGAGUCCAACCUCCCUUUUUCAGUCCUCUCCACACUUCUUCCCCAGUCAGUGGGCAAUCUUUCCCGGAUCCUUACUCAUCCUUACAGAACAUCUGGCAGACUCCUGUCCUUCUAGAGGCUAGGACAGACAUCAUGUUGAGAAUGAACUUCUUAGCCAGGUGUCCUGCACACUCCUGUAAUCCCAGCACUCAGAGGCAGGAGGAUCAGGAGUUCAAGGCCACCUUCAGCUACGUAUUGAGU